UACGCCAAGAUGCUCCAACUGCUUUUGCUGCAGCAUUAAGCGCGCGAAAAAAUAGAAGAAAAAAAAUUGGAUUGUAUCGUAAUUGUAAUCCUACACAUUACAUAUAAAAAAGAAGUUUAAUCGAUAUUUUGUAAUGUGUAUUUUAUAAAAUCACUUUUAUUCCUGCCUCUCCACAGAUUCUCGCGUUUAUGUACCUUCAGUUUAUAUCCAUGCAGAUAUUUCCUGUUUUCGAACCAAUUCGACGGAAUAAUUUACGAUUACGAGUAUAUAUGUAUAUCUCGGACCUCGAGAGUAGAAAGGAAAAAAAAAAGAAUUGAUAUUCCCGUUCGAUGAACAGCUGAUCGUAAGUCACGACUCGCGUGACAGCUGUUCCCCUGAACUUUCGUGGUUUGUGUAUACACACGAGAUUUAGUAGUGAUUGUUCAUUGCCCUUUCUUGCCUAGUUCAAUACUUGGAAUAAAAUUCACGGAAUUAAUUGAAGAAUUUCGUGUUAGCAAAUUGCUUUCACUCGAUGGCGACGGUUGAUUUUUCUUGACAGAUGAACUGAUAUCUAUGGUAUUGUUUGACAAGUGUCGAAGAAGGAGACCGUUCGCACAAAAUGUCUAUCAAUAUAGACAUAAAAUUGAAGCGUGCGAGCAAGAUAUAUCAUGAAGGGGAGAUGGUUGCCGGUCUGAUACUGUUGAAGACUAAUUCGGAUGUGAAACACGAUGGCAUAUUUCUCACUAUGGAAGGCUCGGUGAAUUUGCAACUUAGCUCCAAGAAUGUCGGUAUUUUUGAAGCAUUUUAUAAUUCCGUUAAGCCAAUACAAUUAGUGCAAUAUACAUUGGAUGUUGCUCCAUCGGGAAAGAUUCCCAGCGGUAAGACGGAAAUACCAUUUGAAUUGCCAUUGAAGCCCAGGGGAAACAAAUCUCUUUACGAAACGUAUCAUGGUGUUUUUGUGAAUAUACAGUACCUGAUACGCUGUGACAUAAAGAGGAGUUUUCUCGCGAAAGAUGUGAACAAGUUGUUGGAAUUUAUAGUUGAGGAUAAGGCAAGCGCCAAAGUGGAGAAGGAUCACAGUAAAAUCGUGUUCUUCAAAAUAAUGCCAGAGUCCCUGCAAAACACUCGGGACAGAUCCAAUGUACCAAGAUUCUGCAUUUCAGGGAGAUUAGACUCCUUGUACUGCAAACUUUCUGAACCCCUAACAGGAGAAGUGGUGAUCGAACAAUGCGAGGCUGUUAUAAAGUCUAUAGAAUUACAGUUGGUGAGAGUAGAAACUUGCGGAUGUGCGGAGGGAUAUUCUAGGGACGCGACGGAGAUACAGAAUAUACAAAUCGGGGAGGGUAAUCCUUGCACGAAUCUCGCUAUUCCAAUCUACAUGAUAUUUCCAAGGUUAUUUACAUGUCCUACUUUGAGCACGAGCAACUUCAAAGUUGAAUUUGAGGUAAACCUUAUUGUUGUAUUUGAAGACGAUUACUUGGUCACCGAAAACUUUCCUAUUAUACUCUCGCGAUAUUAAAUAAAUAAAAACGUUUUGUAAAAUAAUAAUAUAUAUAAAUCUUUAU